AUGUGCUGUUCCAUUUCUCGCACGGGGAAUCUCGUGGCCUCUGCCUCCGACGACGGCUUCGUCAAGCUCUGGGACCCGAGGGUGAGGCGAUCGGUGGCGGAGUUCAUGAACCAGUACCAGGUGACGGCGGUGUGCUUGUCGAGGGACGACCAGCAGGUCAUGAGCGGAGGGAUCGACAACGAGAUCAAGGUUUUCGAUGUACGAAAACUGGACAUCGCCUACACCAUGACCGGACACACCGACACGGUUACCGGCCUCGCGCUUAGCCCGGAUGGGAAUCAUGUUUUGUCCAACUCCAUGGACAACAGCGUCAUCAUGUGGGACGUCCGACCAUUUGUCAACCAGAACCGCCUAGAGAAGACAUUUCACGGCAUCAAGGAUGUGUACGACCCUUUUUUGCAGCAUGGAGGGGAAAAGAACCUGCUCAAGUGUGCAUGGUCACCGGACGGGGAGAUGGUUUCGGCUGGGUCUUCAGACCAGGCGGUGCAUAUCUGGGAUGAACCAUCGACACAGGAGCUCUACUUCUUGCCUGGCCACACGGGCUCGGUGAACGAGAUGACCUUCCACCCAACGGAGAGCAUCAUUGGCUCCUGCGGCUCGGACAAGAACAUUUAUAUCGGUGAAAUCGGAGCUUGAUGUUACAAGCAUCUUCUCGG